UCUUCAGUCGACAAACGGAGUGAGCAAAAUCGUGACAAUGCGGACAUUAUUCUCUCAAAUCCGAUCAUUGUUUUGGUAUUGUUUCCUGUUUUUGUCUGUCGUAAGACGAAAAAAUGCAAUCGUCAGGAGUUUUUGGCUAAGAGGAAAAAAGUUGAUGCCAAAGAGCGUCGGUUUUAGAACCGAACACUUCACUCGUGUGAGCGGCAGCAAUUCGACAAGACAGUCAGUCGCAGAGUAGCAGUAGCUCGAUUCGGUUCGGAAAACCAACGACGUGUAAUUCGGUCAAGUCAUACUAAGAAAAAAGGUGAAGUCAUACAAAUUGUCAUUUCUUGGUGCAAAAAAGCAAAUAACUCACGUACAAAAUGUCAUCGAAAAUGGAUUACGAGACAACAGUGCAAAAAUUGCGCGAAGGUCGCUUGAUGAAACCUGAUUUCGAGCAAAAUUGGACGGGUGCCAUGGUCGGCAAACAUUUGUACAAUGCUGGAUUGUGUCGCAUGCGUGGUGACAGCUAUGUAUUCCCCGGCUACAUGCAUUUCCCAAUCAAUUUGUUCGAUUCAUCAGAAGCCCAACUUCCAUUCAAACUGAAGAAUGCUGCUGGUCAAGUGAACUUCAAUUUUGCGAAUCAGAUGCUGGUGAUACACAAGGGUUUGCAGGAGUAUUACGCGAUGAAAAACCAUUACUAUUGGAUGGGGAUGGAAAUUCAAGAUCGUGCAAACCGUCAAUCGUCAGUACCGACGCCUGAAAAUCUUGCGCCAACGCAAAAACCCAAGAAGAACAUUGUUCCGCAACGGGCAGAUAGUCGCCGCACAAAUGAAAUCAUUCCAGCUGAUGCCCAACCAUCCAUCGAUCAGAAUCCGAAUAUCGACGUUGAUCCGGAGAUCAACCCACAGUAUCAAGAAGCUGACAUUGAUGAAGUGCAUAUCCCUGAUGUGAAUCCGUCGACAAUGUCUGAUUUUGGUGUCGAAGAUCAAGCAGCUCUUCGCCAAGAGGCCCUAGAUGAAUUUGGACCACAAUCAGUUCGAAAUCAAUCAGCGGCAAAUCAAGCACAAAAUUCAGCGGAAGCCGCCGCAAUAAAUCAAGUGCCACAGCAAGCACCGAAUCAGAAUGCAGUGCCAGUCGAUGACGUUCCCAAUCGACGGGUGCGACGUGCCCGUCGUCGUCUUCCUCGCCAGAAUCAAGCCGUUGAUAACGAAUCCGUUUCGGCUCGAGUUGCGCCAGACGAUGAAUUGGAACAGCUUAAUGAUAUGGUUGCUUUGGCUACAAUCAUUUCCGCAUUCACCAAUGCCAAUGGCAUGAGCAAUGGUGUUGAAGCUCGCAACGAUAACGCACCCGGUGACACGGCUCAGGUCUCACCCAUUCCAGAAUAUGACGUUGAAAUUGAAAAUCCAAACGUCGAAGAAGCCACAAAUGCACCAAAUGCCACAGCACCGAAUGCUAAAGCUGCUGAAGCGUCAAACGUUCAAAUGCAAAACACCGUUGCAAAUGAUCCUGGUACAGGAGCUAACGCUCCCGAAGGUGCAUCUAACAUUCAGCCGGCGGAUCUGGAUGAAAAUGGCUUGCCAACCGCACGUCAAUCAGUUGAACGCGCUACACCCGGCUUGAUUGCUGCCAUGAAGAAAUUGGGCAAAUCUCGCAAGCCAUCUCGCAAGACCAAGACGGUUCCAGAGGUACACACACUUGAUCCGGCUGAAUUGAUUCGCCAAGCUCUGGAAGAGCACAAAUACGAGUGGAUCGAUCGUCUUGGCGGUCGACCAAAUUUGUCGGACUACUACAAUCGUAUCGACGAAAUGGUCAUGGAACAUGAUCGUGACCCAGUUGACAUUCAACGUUACUUGGACGUUUAUGAAACACCCGCAACCCGUUUCAAUGCACUGAUCGCACUGACAGACAAGGCCACUGAUGGUUCCAUUUCGAUCGAUCGAUACACAGCAAAUGGCCCAAUUCGUAGCUUCCGACGUGAAGCAUAAGCAUCGAGCUCAAGCCAUGCAAUAAUUUGACGCUUUUCUCUAGAGAGAAUGCCUCUUUUGUGAUCAGAUCACACAACUUUUUUUAGUUCAUUUUUCAUCAAUGUGAAGUUUUUUUUUGUUCACUUUUCAUUAUUUUUUAUCAAUAUUUUCACUUCAUAACGCAUACUGCUUUUGAAUAGCUCCACUUGAGGAAAUAAGCAAGGCAAAGAAAAUAUAUACAAAAGAAAAAUGGUAGAAUAGGCAAUCUUCUUAUAAGAUCAUAAUUCAGGUUUUCUCCUUGGUUCACAAUCGAUUUCCAUUCAAGUUACAUUCAAAAAGCAUUCAAUCCAAAUAGAAAUGAGAUCAGAAUCGCAUUGUUCCGCAAAAAAAUGGUCAAUUUUCAGUCAUAUUCAAUGUGAAGCACAAGCAUGAGUAUAAGCAUUCAAUGUCAUUCAAAGAAACCAGUUGAACAUUCAAACAUAUCAAUCAAUCGGAAAGCACGAAUGCUUUGAAAUUGUCAUCAAUUGACAUUUUCUGUCUGAUGUUGAGAUUUUCGAAUGUUCAUUGCAUUUAAUUGCACACUCAUUUUUUACUUUGCUUCCAAUACAAACAAUUUGUUAGCAUUUUGAAAUUCCAUUCAAUCCAAUGCAUCUUUAUAACAAAAAAAACGUAAGAUUUCUUUAGCAAGUAAGAUUUUUCUCCAACAUUUUUUAUUCAUUCUUCAAUAAUAAAGGCAUAAAAAGCUGCAAUUUGGCAGAAA